AUGGCCGCCGAGGGGAGCCGCGGGGUCCUGGGGCUGUGGCUGCUGGCGGCGGCGGGGCUGUGCGGCGGGGUGGCGGCGGGCAAGUCCCCUAGCUGCCACGAAGUGCGGACGGCGUUUCAGGUGCGGCAGAUCGGGCCUCUCAAGCUGGUCCCCGACGUGCCCACAGCUGAGUCAGAUUUACAGAUAUGUCAACAUCGAGCACCAACGUGUUGCACCAAAAAGAUGGAAGAAAGCUACCAGGCAGCUGUUCGAAGGGAGAGGACUCAAAGUAUCCAGGCACUGAACUUUGAACUGAAGUACAUGAUUGUUGGUCAUAUUACAGCUUUUCAAGAGGCCUUUGAGUCUUUGCUUCACUUUGCUGAAAACCGCACAAGUUCCCUGUUUGAGACAGCUUACAGACCUAUGGCAAAAGAGGCAGCAGAGCCUGUUAAAGAACUUUUUACAGACAUCUCUCUCUACAUUCUGGGUGCAGAGACUACAGUGGAAAGUGCAGUACUACGGUUCUUUGACAGUCUUUUUCCUCUGGUGUAUAGCCGGCUAAUAAACCCAGGAAUUACAGAUUUAUCAGAGGACUAUACAGAGUGUCUACGGCUUACAAGGCAAGACAUAAAUCCUUUUGGACGCUAUUCUAAAAACAUGGUUACAGAGCUGUCAAAAUCUCUUUGGGCAAGUAGGGUGCUGAGCCAGGCCCUCAGUCUGGGCAUUGAAGUGAUAAAUACUACUGAACAUGCAGCUCUCACGAAGGAAUGCAGCAGAGCUCUAGUGAAGAUGCAAUACUGCCCGCACUGCCAGGGCCUGACACUCAUCAGGCCCUGUGUCGGAUAUUGUCUAAAUGUAAUGAGGGGCUGCUUGGCCAGUGUGUCAGAACUGGAUGCACAAUGGAGGGAGUAUAUCUCCACGCUGGAGUAUCUGACUAAUGAAAUGGCUGCCUCACAUGAUCUGGAAAUUGCCCUGACGGGAAUCCGGAACUCCAUCAAUGAAGCCAUCCUGCAUGCCCAGUUGAAUGGACCACAGCUCUCUGCUACCGUUGAUAAAGUGUGUGGACAGCCCAAACAACAAGAAGGGAACCUGUCAUCAGACAAGAUAGUGCCAGUGAAGGAAGUGACUGAAACACAGACAUUCGUCAUGGCUCAUGCUAGUCUGAACAAUAAAAGAAGUUCUCUGCCUCUGAAAGCUUCAAAGAAUGACAAAUCAAGAAGUUUGAAAAAAAUCUCUCGAGAGUUCAUCAAUUACAUGAAGCGAUCCCGAACCUUUUAUGCCUCCAUAGCAGAAAGGCUGUGUGAUGGGGACCUGGUGAUGAGAGACAGCUCAACUUGCUGGAAUGGAGAGGAUGUUGUAGAAAGUUACACCAGCAGAGUUGUUUCCAAUGGACUGAAGGCACAAAUUAAUAAUCCAGAACUGAAAGUCAGAGGAUUGGACCCACUUAUGAGUAAUUUGAUUGAUAAACUCCAGCACUUCAAUCAACUGGAUGCUGAGAAGACAAAAUUAAAACUGGAAAGAUGGGCUUCCCGAGAUGCUGGCAGUGGGGGCGGAAGAAGUGAAGAGAUGGAGUCAAGCGGGGAUUGUGAUGAUGAGGAUGGCUGUCAAGGAUCUGGGGACAGGAUUCACACAGCAGAUAUAUUCAAGGACAAGAAAACCCAUCCAGAAAACAGAAAUGAACCAAAACCAACUGUGAAAAAGAUUGACACCGCAACCACCACAAGCACUGUCAAGUCAUCCUCUAAACACAGUGUAACUAGAAAUGGGAGCAAUCCAGCCCCAAGUUCCUGGCUUCUCAUUGCAACAGCACUGGCAGUUCUGUGGCAUUGGCCACUGUAGCUGCCUUGCCUUGCAGCCGCUGCGCCAGCAUCGCUGUCAUUUGUACCUACAGCCUUACCCACCCCAAAACAAAUGUACAUGGCUCUCUAGUUUAUGUGAUAUGUUAAAAUAAAUAUUAAACAAUAUGCCAGAGUUGGCAGAUACCAAGUGUCAUCACUUGCAGUAUCUGAAGAUAGACUUUGACAAAGCCCACCCAGGAUAAAGAGGGAAUGAUGACAAGGUUCUGAAUAGCUUAAGUUAUGGGGUAGAAGUAAUUGAAAACACAGAAAUUGUAUUUGUGUGUGUUAUUGGUUUUCUUUAUUUCAUUCACUGGAAUCUGACUGGCUGGUUUUGUUUGUUUAAUUUUUCUGAUAAAUUAUAUGAAUGGUCAGUCUUCAAAGUCAAGUCAAUACAUACUUUAUUUUUCUAGUGAACAGCUAACCAUGUCUACAGUUGUAAACCAUGUUAAAGUGAAGUAUUCUCUACCAGCUUGAUGAAAUUCCUAAGUGGUCAAGAAGAUCAAAGCAUGUUUGAAACUUCUUUUCACUCUUACUGUUUAGAUUGUAGGAAGCAACAUAAAAGCAUAUGGUGUGUCUAAUAUAUCAGUAUAGUUGCCUUAACUAUGGAAAAAAUUAGAAACACUUUGUUUUUCUGAGGGAUAUAGAUAGUGAUUUUCCCUGCCCCACAAAAUGCCAUUACCAGAUGCUUAAGCAUAUGCUCAAGGCUUAUUGGAUGAAUGUCCAGCAACAGGAAACAUAAAUAAACAUAAUAAUGUUUUAUCCAGUUGAAUGCAGCUCUGUACAGAGAAAAAAAGAUAAUUCUGUUCAAAGUUACUUUGCCCAUCUGAUGUUAAAGAGAAACUGACUUAAAUAUUCCACAAAGGUCCCAGAGAUCUAAAUUAUAGUGAACUGCCAUUAGACUCUAACUGGAUCCUGUGCACUGUCAGUUUCUGAAAUCAACUGUUUCAUAGACUGUGUAUUAUUUAAUUACAAUUAAUGUUUAAAAUUUUCUAUCAUAGUAGAUGUAAAUGUAAAGCAAUCUGAAAUUUGGAACAUUCUCUGUUAUGUAUCAUCUUGAUUGCUACCCUAGAAAAUGUCAAAAUGUGCAUUAUAGUUCAAUGCUAUUUCUUUUUUAAUCUGUUUUAACUUUUCGGGUGAAAAAGUACUAUAAUAACUUCUAGCGGGUUAAGAGUUAACGUGCAUUUUCCAAAGCUGUUUACAGUGCCAUUGAAUACAUAUAUACAAACACAACUGUAUGAAUACAGUGUUUAAUAUGAUAAAUAUAUGAAACAUUAGAAUUGUUAUAUUUACUAUCUUUCAUAACUACUAGAACAGUUUCAUGGCCAUUUUCAUUAUUAUGUACAGUUUUAUAAGAUUUAAUGUAAAACACUUGCCUUUUUGUAAAACAUCUCUUUGAUACUUAGGAGUUACACAGCCACUGAUAUAACUCCAAAGAAGAAUCCUGUAUCUUACUGAACAACUUCAGGCAUUUUAUCAGCAACUUUGAUUAUAAAAGACAGCCUGGCUCAGAGAAAGCACCGUGUGCCAGUGUUACUACUGGAUGUCAUUAUACAGAAAGUGGCAGUGAUACAGAACAAGCAUAUACUGGGUUAAGCCCUGUCUUCCAGUGUGCCAGGUCAUUGGAUAAGGAGCUGUGAUUCUGAUCUCUCACUCGGUGAUGAACCUUUCAAGGUACAAAUAUCUGUCUGAGCUUGAUAAGGGCAACACAAAUGAUGAUGUCCAGCUGCAUUGAUUUCAGAGGCUCUGUGCAUGGGUAUCUGGCUAUGAAAUUCACAUCUCUUUGAUCUUUUAGAUCAGAUCUUUAUUUAAUGGAUUCCUACUUUCACCAAGACUGGAAAGUGUAUCAGAAUUUUGACUCUCUAAUCCAGUAUUGGUCUUCUCAAUAUUGUCCAAAUGGAUGUUAUGCACAGACUUCAUAUUAAUGUUAGAUGAGCCUUUUUGCCUAAUUUACUGAGCCAUUCUUUGUUAGUGUUAGACAUGAUUGGGUUUAAGGGAGAUCUAUCUGUUCAUGUGAAAGGAGCUGAAACAUACUAAAGUGACAUAAUAAGUAAGACAGAAAUCCAGAAAGUCUCUAUGUUACUGAACUAGACUCUUCACAUUAAACAGAUUUUAAGAUUUAGCUGAAAAAUACUUUCAAAAUUUCAUAUCUAGCACAAUGGCAAGGGAAUGUCAGCCUUGUAUCCAAAAUCCAUAGUCUACCCAUUUUUUAAGUGGGAGUUCAUUGAUACACAUGCUUUCCUCAUGUCUCUUUUUAGGUCUGUAGAAAUAGGAGAUACAUUCCCUAAAAUGUAUCCUGCACAUUGAGCAUCACAGCAUCAUUAAGUGCUUAAUGUUACAACCAGCCAAAAACAUGGGAGAGUAAUUUUCAUUUACAGCAUUCAAUAUCUUAGUGCUUCUUGUAAGGACACACAGUAUGUGUGUUAACAAAAAGUGAAAGGUCUUGCACUCAGUGUCAUGAUUAUAGCUGUGGCAUGUCAAAAAGAACAUGAUAAUGUCUUCUUCCCAUAGCCUCAGAAGUCCAGAAUUAUUCCUAGUACUGAAUUCUGGUUUCUACUGUCACACUCUAAAGAACUACAUUUUAAUUGUAUUAAAUAUUAAGCCACUCAAAAAAUAAAUACUGGUCAAGAGAUUGUAAUAAGUAGAUCGUAAACUCAGAAUAGUAUCACACAUUUAAAACAGAGAAUAUUCCUAGGUAAGAAAUCCCUCCUGGACCAGAACAAUUUUUCAAGGCCCUCUCCCUUCUCCAGAUUAAUCACCAUCCCCUUCCACUUCUGUACAGCACAAUAUGAAGACAGACAAUAUGAAGAGGCUGGUCCACUGAAUUCAGGAAAGUGAACUGAAACUAUUGCUGCAUAGUGAAAUCUCCAAGUAUCUUACUUAAAGUGGGCCUCCUUUUGCUGGUUCUGAGGUAGGCAUUCAGACUGCAUGUGCAGUUGCUUACAUUCUUUUUCAGUAAAUAGCCAUUGUUGCUGCAGCUUUCAGAGAAGGCUGCUGGACACAGUGAAGCAGUGUUUUUGGGUUGCUCCCAUGUCAUUGAGAUCAGAUUCAGUCCUUAAAAUAGACUGGUUUAGACCGUCAGGUUAAUACCAACAUUGCAGUGAUUUCCCUCCAUUAAAAUAAUGUAAUCCCUUUUCAAGGGAAGGGCUCACAAAAGAGAGGCCACUGAUGCUUUCAUGAGGUGCAUAAAGUACCUCAUUAAAUAGCCAGUAAAAACCAUGGGGUGGCUGUUUUGUUUUUUUUUUUAUUUCUGUGCAGAAAACAUUAAUACUACCUUGCAAAAUUAUGCAGUUUGCACUUAAUCAUUUCAAUUAAUCUUUAGUAAAUUACCCAGUACUUUGUAAUUAUAAUAUUUGCAACUAAUUUAGUGCCAUCCUAAAAAUCAUUCAAUGCAUAAUAUAAGCAAUUAACAUUUAUUCAGGUUUUUCCUGUUGCAGGGAGAUAUAUAAAUUAUCCUCAGUGGCCUUUCUGUACACCUAAUUAGCACCUGUUUGAAUUAUUCUACAGGCUAUGGACAUUUAAUUUGAAAAAUAAAUGUGUUGCUAGUUUUGUGAACUCCUUGCAAAUGCAUAGUUGUAAAAAUUACUUUUCAGUGGAAUACAAAAACAUGUUUUUGUGUCUUCUGGGUUCAUGAGCUAGGCUAGGCUUUUAGCCCAUUGUACCUAGAAUAGGUACUGGCAAUUUUAAUGCAUUUAAAAUGGAAAUAGUCAGGUACCUGUUUCUCAUAAUUGAGUACAGUAUCCCAGAUUUGUUGCCUGGCCUAUUCAGUAAUAAAAAAAGGAAAGCAAUAAGACAUGAAGAAUAUAGAUACUAGUGUAAGUUUCGCAUAUCUGUAUAUGCAAAUACAGUUAGGAAGUUUUACUAAUCAGAGACUAAAAAGCAUUUCUAUGCUGGAGUGUCAAGGAUACUGUGUUAAAGUUGGGGAAAUGAAACCACAAGCUCCUAAGUAAGCUUCUAGAUACUAAUUUUCUAUUUAACUGCACAGUAUAUUGAGGAAGAUCAUUUGAUCUUUCUAAAAAAAAGAUCUGAAAAAAACUUUCUAAGAAGAAUGCCAGUAUCCAAUCAUGGACCACUGAUCAGAUAGUAUCUUGAUGCCUGAAAAAAUAUCUGUAACACAUGGGAUGCCGUGAGUCUUCUGGCAUUUUCCCUUUCCAGGGGCACGGAUGGGGCCUCUUCCAGAAGCAGGUGGUAUGAUAUGGGCCUACAAGGAGAUAUUCAUACUGUGACUAUCUCCUAGGGUAGAAAAUCUUUCUCAGAGAAGAUUUGCUGAUACAGAUCAGGCCUUGAGGCAGAUGAAGUUGGAUUUUUCUGUUUCGUGUUAAAACAUAGGAUCCAGGUCUUAAACUGGCCUCAAAAACCUAAUUGAGACUCAGUGGAGAGAAGAGAUGAUCACUUUGAUGUUUGCAGAGAAGCUUAAGCAGCAGAGAAGGCAAGCAGCCAUAUUCUGCUUCAGCUGUAUAUUGCAUUCAGUUUCUGAUAAAAUUACCUGUGAGUGUUUAGAUUCGCAGUGUUAAAUUCAUGAGCUACUGUAGCCUGAUGUUCUUUUAUGGAGAAAAAAUGAAAUUUUCUCCAAAGCAGAAACAAAAAGAAGGCUUUUUUUUAUUUUUAUUUCAUGUUAUGGUAAGCAUCCAGCUUGGAAACCAAACCAGAAUGUUGGGCCUCACAAAGACAUGGAUUCCCCUGAGCAGGGCCCUUCCUGGUGCAUGGUGUGGUAACAGUGCCAGGGUUGGUCUGCUUGUCGUGAAAGAGGAUGUCUACCCUUUGGCUCUUUUUUGGGACUUGAGAAAAGCUAGUUUGUGGCUUAAAGAUGACAAAAAGUUUAUAGGCAAAAGUUGUCGACAUGUCCACAAAGCAGUGAAGAAAGCACUAAGACAUUUAAUGGUGGUCUUGAAAAACGAGAAGACUGAAAUAUUUGAAUUAUUUGAGGUUUUGCAUUAGGGAUGAACAACAGAGUUGAAACCUACUCCCCAAAUACUGCAGUUGGAUAUGGGAGCAGGCUAAGGUAGCAGCAAUACUUUAUAAAAUGUUUAUUGUAUCUCACUUAUUAUAUGGGGCAGUAUUCCAAUAAAAAUGAAGCCAUUACACUAUGCUAAACCUUGCAUCAUACAACCAUUUACUGUACUUUGAUAUCAGAACUAAUAUCGAAUGUUUACACUACACUGGGUAGAAAUUCUGGUAAAAUAUGUGCUUUGUCAUUUAGUUUUUUAAAUAAUUAGAUUACGGCCUCCUAGUGUUUUUUAGUUCAUUUUAUUUUACAGGAAUUAUUAGGCCACUUACAUUUGUAUUUUACAUUAGUUGCAUCCUGGGUAUUUUAAGUUUCACAAUAGAUUCGUUUUGCCCUAAGCUGUGUUCAAGUUCUAACAAUUAUUUCUAUUUCUCAAGCAUGUUUUAUUUGCAGUAUAUCUGCUUAUAUUUUUAUUGAAUAAAUUUGUCAAUUUUCUUCAAUUUGUUUUCAGCACUGAAUAUAAUAAAGGUUAUUUUAAAAAGCAGUCUGAAAACAAUGUCUUAAAAGAAGAACAAGGCAACUUUAAAAAGUUAAAGGAAACUGUGUUUUGUAAAGGACAGUAAACUAUGAAUGGGAAUAAAAAUAAAUAAACCACAGCAGGAAA